ACGAAAUUCCUGCGGAUUUUCGUAUGUAUUUAUGUGGUAUCUUGAGCCCGCCACAUCUCUGUCACUCGGUAAACAUUGUACUUAUGGCUGGCGAGCCACUAUUUGAGUUAUUAGUAGUGCCCACUCAAAGAUGGUUAAAGUAAUUUUAUAUUAACUCGCGAUCCCGUUAUGUCGUUGUGUUCGCGGGGUACCACAGGGCAUUUAUCCUGGAUUCCGGACAUGGUUACAGUAUUAGAUGUAUUUCAUGGUUGUGUUGUGGCACUUUCUGUAUCAUUUAUGAGUAAAUAUUACAAGGCCAAUGAAUUAGGACGACUACAAGCUGUGAAUAGCGCGUUUUCCUUACUGUUUCCCUUCGCUUUCCCCGCGUACAAUGCUAUUUUUCAGUCAACAUUGGAUGGGUUUCCUUCUUCAUUUUGUUUUCUGAGCAUUGUGAUGGAUUUAGGCAUCAUAAUUUGCUUUUGCGUAUCCUAUUCCUUCAGUAAAAAAAUCGCAACAAAAAAAUCGACCGAUGUUGAAGGAGAAACUCACAAAAUGAUGGCCGGACAGUGAUGAAAUAGUCGUGUUUUGAUCUCGCAUUAUGGAAUUUGUUAUGUACGUAUUUUGAUCUGGUAUGAAGAAUAAAAACGUGCGAAAGCAAUAAUAAGUUAUAUUUGAAUUUCAAAAUGUAUACACUAGGCGACGUUUUCUGCCUAAAACGAAAAGAAAAUAAAUAAACCUUAAAUAAUCUCGUAUCACAGCAGCACGUAGUUGUAAUUAGUACUUUUAAAAUUACCAUUUAUAGUCGAAUUUCUGAUCGAAACAGUAUUAAAAUCCAUGAUUAAUACACAAUUUAUUUAAUUACAUAUUAUACCAUUAACAUGAAACAGAGGAGGGAAAACAAAAAAACAAAAAAAAAAUAGUGAUGAACAACGAACGAAAAAAAAAAUGUGCAAUACUAUUUUUCAAACUUUUUAAACAAAACAAUACACAUAAGGUACGUAGUGUUUUCAAAAAUUAUUAUUAUUUUUUCUUUCUUACCCUUUUAAAAACUACAGUCCGGCUACGAUGACGGCUGGAUUUUCUACGGCGGCUUUUAUUUUACGUAAAAAUAA